CAGUCCCUGCCCUGUGCGCGCGCCUCUCCCCACCUUGGCAGGAGGGAGCCCCAGCGCCUGUGUCUUCUCGCUCUUCUCGCCUGGGACUAUGGGAUCGCGGCUCUCCUGGCUGCUGUGGGCAGUGGCGGCGCUGGCGGCGCUGCAGAGCCGGCUGGCGGCGGCGCUGGCGGGGCCGGUGGUGCGAUGCGAGCCGUGCGGCUCUGGGGCUCUGGAGCGGUGCAAGCCCUUGGCGCCCGAGUGCCCCGAGCCGGUGCGGGAGCCGGGCUGCGGCUGCUGCUGGACGUGCGCCUUGCGCGAGGGGCAACCCUGCGGCGUCUACACUGAGCGCUGCGGCGCUGGCUUGCGCUGCCGGCCCCGAAGCCAGGAGCCGAAGCCGCUGCAGGCGCUGCUCGACGGCAAGGGGCUCUGCGCCAACGUCAGCGGCGAGGCGGCGCGAGGAGGAGACAGAGGCAGAGGCAGCAGCCUGCGCGAGCUCCUCCUGAGCGUGGCUCACGUGCCAGGUAAUUCAAGUGAUUCAGAUGAAGAUCAGAAUAUAAGUGGCAUGGCGACUCAAUCUGUCCCCAGUACACACAGGCUGUUGGAAUCCAGGUCACAUGGUCAUCACACGAAAAUAGAUACCAUCAGGAAAGAGCAUGCCAAAAAUACCCAGCGCUACAAAUACGAUUCACAAAGCACAGACAUGCUGAAUUUUUCUUCGGAAUCCAAACAGGAUAUUGAAUAUGGACCAUGUCGAAGAGAAAUGGAGGAUACGUUAAAUCACCUAAAUAUUCUGAAUGUCUUAAGUCCAGGAGGACUGCAUAUUCCAAAUUGUGACAAAAGGGGUUUCUACAAGAAAAAACAGUGCCGUCCAUCAAGAGGCCGAAAAAGAGGCUAUUGCUGGUGUGUGGAUAAAUAUGGACAGCCACUCCCUGGAUAUGAUGAAAAAGGAAAAGAAGAUAUUCAUUGUUACAAUUUUGAAAGCAAGUGAGGGACACUAUUACCUGCCAUGAUAUCAGUGUGUGGCAUCUUAUUUUGUCAGAGGCCUUGGAGUGACUGGGAUAUAGUAUUUAACUAAAUUGGACUUUGGAGUUCUGAGGCUUACCCCCUAUUUUUAUUAGGGGAUUCAAUGAUUCUAUGGACUGUGCAGUUGCAGCCUUGCACUGACAUACUUUUUGUCUUUCCAUAGAUUUACACAGAGAGCUCUGAAAUCCUUAAUAAAUGCACUAUUCAUCCCCAUAAAGAAUAAUAAGAAAAGGCACUUCAGAAUAGAUUCAGGGAGUCUCCACUGAUUUUUUUUUGUAUGUUUGUUUUAUUUUUAAAAUAAUACUUUGCAGCCAAUUGGAUCCCAAAGGAUCAUUUGUGCUUUUAUCUUGAAGAAUUUAAAGACUACAAGCUUUGUAACGAUAUUGAAUAUAUUGGGUAUGACCCUGCCUAAGCUAAACACUUUUAAGUCACAUAGAGUUCACCUGGAUAGCGAAGUAUGAGCUCUAUUGUUUCCAACAUUAAAUAGACUUAGAAAUGCUUAGCUUGAAUUGGAUUGUGUGCAGGUGUUUUUGUUUUUUUAUUUAAGUCUGAUGGGAAGCUUAUUGCCACGGGUAAAAAUGUUUUCUUAAAAGAACGCUCAAUGAUUUUUUUUUAAAUGAAACCUAUUUCUGUAUGCCCUGUUUUUGUUCUGUAAAAUUAUUAUGAACAUUCUGUUAGUCUGUAUUUAAUAUGUAUAAAUUUUUAAAAUAAACUAUUUAAUGAUAUAAUAGGAA